UUGCAAAUGAUUGUAUUGUAAUCUAUUCGCUAGUGACUAGGGAAAGGACGUAUACGUUGAGGCUAUUUGAGGAAGUUUUAACUUUCAAACCAACGCACAAAAACAUCACUGCCCAGCGCGCCUGCGCUACUUACUCAUUUAUGCUAAGUACGUUUCUGUUGUGCGCGAGUGACAAUCUACAAACGAUUGCUGAAAGUGCUAAAUGGUGCUAGACACAAAUCAACAGUUUACCACAUGUUUUGCAAUGUGCUAAAUAUAAAAUAUAGUAAAUAAUGUGUAGAUUCUAGCGAAGUUGUGUACAACCAAUGCUCUUAUUUUAUGGUGCUAGAGCAUAUAUUUAGUUAAUUGAAAAUGUCCAAGGAAAACGUGAGCCAGUUAAGUGCAAAAUUAGAUUCUCAAUUAAAUUUAGAUCCAGAUUUUGAAACAAAAAGUUCUGGGGAGUGUGAUGUGGCAACCAGCACUGAUUCAGAGGAAUAUUUAUCAGAACCAAUGGGGUACAAUUCCAGUUUGUUGAGUUCUACUUCUAGUCAAUUGUCUACUUCAACAUUAACACCCAUAACAUCACCAACUGAUCAAAAUGGAAAUGCUGAUUUUAAUCCUGCACAUAUCCAGAUACCAAUUGUGGGAUAUGAAGUUAUGGAAGAAAGGGCCAGAUUUACAGUAUAUAAGUUACGAGUAGAAAACAAAGCGUCCGGUGAUUGUUGGUACGUCUUCAGGCGAUACACAGAUUUUGUGAGAUUGUGUAAUCGUCUUAAACGUACCUACCCACAAAUUUCUCAGUAUUUACCACGAAAAAGAUGGCUAAGGAAUAACUUCGAUCCGCUGUUUCUAGACCAACGAGUAAACGGAUUACAAGUUUUCGUUAAUGCAAUACUUAACGAAUCAACAUUGGUUUUAUCACCGAUAAUUCAGGACUUUUUCUGUUUGAAUGAGCCUCCUGUUUAUUCAGAAUCUAAUGAAGAAUCUAGAGCAAUGUUUGAGGCAUUAGAAGAUACCAUUUACCAAUUAAAACAGCAACUUAAGGAGAAGGAUCAGAUAAUUGAUGCAUUACAAGAUAAACUACAUUCCAAAUCGUUGGAAAACGAAAAUUUAACGAAGCGACUUCAGCAAUUUUUACCCCAAGACAUUAAUUCAGAGAGUGAGUUAAAAUAAAUGUUUUAAAUCUUUUAUUUAUUCUAAAGAUAUUAUUUUAUUAAUGUAAAAUAUUUAUUUUGUAUGACAUUAUCUAUUUAUUAAUGUAGAAUAUAAUAAAUGUAAUAUCAAACACAUAGAA